AUGUCCCAAACGACCACACCAGACGAAGCGACCCUGAACGCCAUCCGCCAGAGACUCAUGGAGACUGGCGAUUGGGAGCGGAUACAAAAGCUCCUCCGAGCGCACUUGGAAGAGAGUGGAUGGGUGGAUGAUCUCAAGGAUCUUGCCAAAGAACGCGCGAGGGCUCAAGAGACGCCAAACCUUGAAGCGCUCGUCAAAGAGAUUAGCGAGAAUGCUGCCGGUAUGGUCAACGAAUCUGUGAGGAGGGAUGUGACGGUGGAGAUUGAGAGUGUGUUGGAUCGUGAAGUAGAUCAGGCUUAG